UUCUCCUGCUGUGAGGGUAGGCAGAACAUCUGAGUAUGUUCAUAAGAAUGAACUUCACCUCAGUCGUGGUAUCAGUCAUGGGAGGCAAGCAGGCGAAGAGCCCGGGGCAGGAGGCCGGGGGCAGUCCGCUCUCGGCGCCCUGGAAGAAGACCCCUACCAGAGAGAGACCCGAGCUGCUGGCCUCGUUCAGCCUGAAGCCGGGAGAGAGGCUGGGCCGAACCGGGACCCCUCCACCCCCAUACCAGCGCAGAAUAGGCAUGAUCCAGGACAUGUUGCUGUUGGCCAAGCAGGGCAAACAUGAUGAGGCCACGGAGAUGCUGAAGACCCUACGACAGGAUCUGGGAAUGGAGUCCACAUCUCUGGAUGAUGUUCUCUAUCGCUACGCCAGCUUCCGGAACCUGGUGGACCCCAUUACACAUGACCUGAUUAUCAGUUUGGCCAGAUACGUUCACUGCCCCAAGACGGAAGGGGACUCACUGGGGGCCAUGGAGAAGGUGUGCCGGCAGCUAACCUACCACCUGAGCCCACACUCACAGUGGAAACGACAGGGCCUGCUGAAGAGGAAGCCACAGGCCUGUUUGAAAGCUGUCCUUUCAAGUCCACCUGCCAGUGGGACGUUAGACCUAUCUGGCAUUCCUCUGGGGGUGAAAGACAUGGAGCGGUUGUGUUCGCACCUGCAGCGGCAUGCAUCUCGCAUCUCCAGCUUGGAGCUGGGCUUUACUGAGCUGACGGACGAGGCCUUCCUGCUGCUCUUGCCCACACUGGCCGCAAUGCCUCACCUAGAGACCCUGGCCCUCAACGGCAACCGUCUGACGCGGGCUGUGCUCAAAGAGCUCACUGACACGUUGAAGGAUCCAGAGAGCUUCCCCAGCGUCACCUGGAUCGACCUGGGCAACAACGUAGACAUCUUCUCCCUGCCCCAGCCAUUCCUGGUGAGUUUACGUAAGCGCUGCCCCAAGCAGGGCAACCUGCCCACUAUCCUGGAGUUUGGAGAAAGCCAGGCCAGCGAGCCAGAGGUCCGGACAGAUGGGGAUGGAGAUGAUGAUAUAGAUGAUACAAACAGGACGGUAAGCAUGGGAGAACUAAGGUCUGAAGUUGAGGGCGACAUGGAUGGAGAGAUGGAGAUAGAAGAAAUGAUGGAGGAGCUGCUGGACUUUGACCGGGAGAUACAAGGAAAAGAUGAGAUGGAGGAGGACAGCAUGUGGACCAUGGAGGAGCCAAGGCCCGCCGCAGGGCCGUCUCAAGGACGUGGCAAAGCGAAGAGGGCGGCUAAGGCCGAAGGAGAGGACACACACAGCCAGAGCUCGCAGCUGUCGUGCUCCAGUCAAUCACAGCACUCUUCAGCGGCCUUGGAACCUCUGAGAAACGACUCCAUGGUGGAUCAGGUGGCGUGUUCUUCAGGCAACCUGACCUGAGUGCACUCUCUUUACCUAGAAAUUGCAGCCUUUAAACCUCUCUUGUCCAAAGGGAGAAGAAAAAAGAAGACAGAAGAGACUCAGCGCAGCUCUGGACAGUUUAUGGGUCAGCGCUUCAAUCAAGAGUGAAGGGUAUCCAGGAAAUGAGGGAACAGAUUCUGUGGCUUUGACAGUCCUUGCUUAAAUAUAAGGGACAAUGUGUCAAAUUAAUGAUAUAUUGUGAGUAUCAUUCGGAAAAUUACAAUGUAUACCACAUAUGAGGUACAACAAUUAUAUACACUGGUAUAUUAUAUACACUUUACAAUCCUGUGCAGUUUAAAUGCUUCUCUUUCAGGUAUAGCCCCUUGGAUAUACUGUCCUAGCAGCGGACCUUUAUAGGGCUGUCACUAUCAAUUCCAUUAGUAAUUGAGUGAUGUAUGAUUAUUUUGAUGAUUAAUUCAUUAAUUAUAUAACAAACAAUAAUAAUUGAUUUAACAAUAACAAUCCAUGCAUAACCAUUCAAAGAUUCUAAAAUACUUAAUUGGUUCUCUUUUAAAGGCUCAAAUACUUUAUUAACUUUAAACAUAAAGUAGGAGGGCUUUAAAAUGAUUUCAUUCAUAAAAAUUAUAAGAACUAUGGAGAACAAUACAUAUAUGAGGUGAUAUGCACUGUUAUCUUGCAAAUCGCCAGCUAAUCACCACUGAACGAUUCAGUUUAAGGAUUGUAGGCCGAUGCCGAUAUCUGAUAUUUUUCUUGUGCAUAUCUGUUGAUGCCAGUAUCAAUGCCAGUACUUAUACAUUUAUAAAAUAGAAAUAGAAAUUGGGACUAGAUCUACCUGGAUUAGCAUUAUGUAGAAACACUUUAUUUCUAGAAGGUUAUAAAUGCAGUAAAAUGAACAAAAUGCAGAUAUUUUAGGGCACUAGCCCAGCACCGCCUAAACAUUCUGCUCUUUUCAAGUAUAAUAAAUACAACACCAAAUAUCGGUUUGAAAUACUGGUUAAAUCCUAACAUCUGUCCAGUGCCAAUACAUUUUUAAGCAGAGAUACUGAUAUGAUGGUGAUAUUGUGCAUCUCUAAUUUUAAUUGAUGUUUUCAAAAAUGUAAAAUUCGAGUUCAAUCAAUUAAUCGUGACAGCCCUAGACAUUUACCUAUGUGCCUGCUUGACCCUGCUGGAGAGGAACGUGUGAAAAUGUGUGUGCUUGUGCAUGUACGGUAGUAUGAAUAUGAAUGCGCUCACACGCUUUUCCAUUGCACACAGUGUGAGAUAUGGAGAGGCGAUUAAUGAAAAAAACUGACUUGCCUGAGAUUAUAAGUCUAGCUCAGGCAUGUUUAAAAUUCUCUCCGUCUAUGCAUCACACCCUCCUCCCCAGCAGCAUUAAACCUGUUCAGCUUCUGUUGAAUAUGCAUGUCCCCAGUGUCCGAAUGCACUUUAACUUUAGAGUGCAUCUGACAAAACAGAGGGAAAACCAAAUAUUUCACACAGAUGCCCCCCAUGUAGAAAAAACAGUGCUUUAUAAAGAAAUGGCACCAAAGAUGGAGAAAGAGAGAGUUAGUCUCUAAAAAUCAAGAUACAAACACAAUUGCAAAAAAGUUGGGACAGUAUAUAUACUGUAGCUGAAUAUGGUCAUGCUAAUAAAGCUUAUUGAACUGAACUAUAAUGUCAGUAAAAACAGGAAGCAAUGGUUAGUAAAUUAUGUUUGACCUGUACUGAAAUGAAAACAAUAUUUGAUGUUUUAUCUUAUGAACUUUAUUGUUUUUAAUAUUUGUAACUAUAUGCUCAGUCCAAAUCCGAUGCCUGCAACACGUUCCAAAAUUUGAGACAGGAGCAUGUUUACCCCUGUAUUACAUCACCUUUCCUUCUAACAGGACUUAAUGAUCAUUUGAAAGUGGAAUUGUUAGCGAUUCUUCUUAUACAAGUCUUAAGGUGCACAACCAUUGUUGUAUUUUGCACUUCAUAGUGCACCGCGUUUUCAAUAGAAGACAGACAGGCCAGUCUAACACCCGCACUCUCUGAUUACAUAGCCAUGCUGUUGUUAAAAUAAGCAUGGACUUCCCUGAAAAAGAUGGCAUCUAAAAGGGACAAAAAUGUUACUCCAAAAUGUGUAUAUAUAUUUUGGUGUUAAUGGAUGUUUUUAUGGAUGUGCAAGUUACCCACUAAUAUCCUCCAUCUUAUGACAGACCUGGCUUUUGUACUUUACACUGGUAACAAUCUGGGUGGUCCUUUACUUCUUAGGCCCAGCGAAUGCAACAUCCACUAUUUCCAUAAAUAACCUGAAAGGCUGAUUGGUCAGACCACUAUACAUGUUUUGACUGUGCGUUAAUACAUUUUAGAUGAGCUCAAGCCCAGAGAAAUCGGCAGUGUUUCUGGACAUUGUUGAUGUGUUUUCCGCUGUGCAUAGUAUAGUCUUAAGUUACAUUUGAGGAUGCAGCUACGAACAAUGUUGCUGUGAUAUCCAUCACAGAAGCAUAUUGGCUUUAGGCUUAGGCUUUCAGUUCUGGUCUUUGGCCUUGCUUUUUAUGCACCAAGAUUCUUCAGGAUUCCUUGACUCUUUUGAUGAUAUUAUACACCAUAGAGGGUAAAAUACCUAAACUUCUUGCUAUCGCCAGCUGAGGAACAUUAACUGUUGGACUUUGCAGAAGCAUUUUUGUGAAAGUGGCGAGCCUCGACCUACCCUUGCUCAUGAAAGACUAGGCCUUUCCUGGAGGUUCCUUUUAUACCUAAACAUGAUUACAUCAUUUACAAUAUUUAAUAACAUUCCUAGUCUUAAAUCACCCCAUC